UGGGACUGGGAGGAGAGACAGCAGGAGCGCUGGAGGAGAGCGGACCGCGCGCCUCCUCUCUGCGUAAAUGUGAGCAUCCUCGGCCCCUCCGCCCCCCCUCGACCUCUCCGUCUUCUCCUCGGAACCGGGACCACCUGCGCGGUGGUCCGAGCCCCCCUGCGGACCGUGGAGUCCCGCCUGUCUCGGCUCGGCGCCCUCCUGCAGGGCUUGGGGGGCGCGCCGGGGAACUCCUCCCGGUUCCUGCCGGGCUUCGUGUCCACGGCAGGAACGGACGGCCACGGCGCGGAGCGGCGGGAGAGACGCGGCUCGACGCGCUCCCGCACGCCGGUGAUGCGGGGUCUGCUGGCGCCGCAGAACACCUUCCUGGACACCAUCGCCACGCGCUUCGACGGAACCCACAGUAACUUCGUGCUCGGGAACGCCCAGGUCCGGUCGGUCCAUCCCAUCGUGUACUGCUCGGACGGCUUCUGCGAGCUGACGGGUUUCGCCCGCGGCGAGCUGAUGCAGAAGAGCUGCGCGUGUCACUUCCUGUACGGCAGCGAGACCAGCGAGCGCCUCACCUCGCAGAUGCAGGCGGCUCUGGACGAACGCCGGGAGUUCAAGACCGAGAUCAUCCUGUACAAGAAGAACGGUUCUAAGUUCUGGUGUCUGCUGGACAUCGUUCCCAUCAAGAAUGAGAAGAGCGAGGUGGUUCUGUUCCUGGUCUCCCACAAAGACAUCACCGAAAACAAAGACCGGGCCGGCGAGUCCGACACCGACGGGGAGAACAGCCUGCAGGUCCACAAAGUGGGCCGUCCUUCAGGACGCAGCAUGGAGCGCCGCAGGAGCCGGGCCGUCCUGUACCAGCUGUCCGGACAUCUGCAGAGGCAGGACAAGACCAAGAGCAAGCUGAAGAUCAACAACACGGUUCUGGGCGCCAACCCGGUUCCGGAGUACAAGGUGGCGGACGUCCAGAAGUCUCGUUUCAUCCUCCUCCACUAUGGUGCCUUCAAGGCCGGCUGGGAUUGGCUGAUUCUGUUGGCCACCUUCUACGUGGCCAUCACCGUCCCCUACAACGUCUGCUUCACCGCCGUGGAGGUGCGCGAGGACGGCGGCUCAGCGGCCCGAAACCCGCCCAGCGUCAGCGACAUCCUGGUGGAAAUCCUCUUCAUCAUCGACAUCGUGCUGAACUUCAGAACCACCUACGUCAGCACCUCGGGUCAGGUGGUGUACGACGCCCGCUCCAUCUGCGUUCACUAUGUCACUUCCUGGCUCUUCGUGGACCUGAUGGCGGCGCUGCCCUUUGACCUGCUUUAUGCCUUCAACAUCAGCGUGAACUUCGGGGUCCACCUGCUGAAGACGGUGCGCCUCCUGCGGCUGCUGCGCCUCCUGCAGAAGCUGGACCGUUACUCCCAGUACAGCGCCGUGGUCCUCACGCUGCUCAUGUCCACCUUCGCGCUGCUGGCCCACUGGAUGGCGUGCGUCUGGUUCUUCAUCGGCCGCAGCGAGAUCGAGAGCAAGAACCCGGCGUCCUGGGACGUAGGCUGGCUCCAUGAACUGGCCAAGCGGUUGGGAACGCCGUACUUCUUGGCCCCAGUGACGUCCCUCCUGGGGGUCUCGGAGCCCCCCCCGGGCCCCGGGUCGGGGGCCCCGAGCAGCUUCAGCCAGUGGAACAGCUCGGCUCAGUGGAACGGCAGCAGGAGCAGAACCAAGGCGCUGAACGGGUCGGGGCUGGUGCUGGGCGGGGGCCCGUCGGUGCGGAGCUCCUACGUGACGUCGCUGUACUUCGCCCUGAGCAGUCUGACCAGCGUGGGCUUCGGGAACGUCUCCGCCAACACCGACGCCGAGAAGAUCUUCUCCAUCUGCACCAUGCUGGUCGGAGCGCUGAUGCACGCCGUGGUCUUUGGGAACGUGACCGCCAUCAUCCAGAGGAUGUACUCGCGCCGCUCGCUCUACCACACCCGCACCAAAGACCUGAAGGACUUCAUCCGCGUGCACCGCCUGCCCAAAGCCCUGGAGCAGCGCGUCAUGGAGUGCUUCCAGACCACCUGGUCCGUCAACAACGGCAUCGACGUCAGCGAGCUGCUGAAGGACUUUCCUGACGAGCUGAGGGCCGACAUCGCCAUGCACCUGAACGAAGAGCUGCUGCAGCUGCCGCUGUUCCAGUCCGCCAGCAGGGGGUGUCUGCGCUCCCUGUCGCUGAUCAUCAAGAACUCCUUCUGCGCUCCGGGGGAGUUCCUCAUCCGCCAGGGGGACGCGCUUCAGGCGAUCUACUUCGUCUGCUCGGGCUCCAUGGAGGUUCUGAAGGACAACACGGUGCUGGCCAUUCUGGGCCGAGGCGACCUGAUUGGCUCCGACUGUCUGACCCAGGCGGAGGUGAUCAAGACCAACGCCUGCGUGAAGGCCCUGACCUACUGUGACCUGCAGUACAUCAGCCUGAAGGGCCUGCAGGAGGUUCUGCGCCUCUACCCCGACUACGCCCAGAGGUUCCUGACGGAGAUCCACCACGACCUGACCUACAACCUGAGGGAAGGACACAGCGCCCAGAUGGACUCUGAGACCAACGGGGGGGUCGUGAAGAAACUGCCCUCCAUCAGGGAGGACGAGGAGGGCUCCGCCUCUGAGGGGGAGCGCUCCCACCUCACGAUGGUACCCAGCCUCAACAGGCUGGGGCGGGGUCUGCGCUCCCCUUUGCGCUCCCCGCUGCUGCCCCCCCGACCCUGCAGACCCACGGGGGAGCUGGCGCGGCCCCCCAACCUGCAGAUUCCCGCAGUGAGCUUCAGCUGCCUGCAGCCAGACCUCAGCCCCCGGUUUGUGGACGGAACCGAGACAGAGAACUGCAGCAGCUCCGCUCCGAAGUUUGACUUUUCUCCAGGAACCACCAGGAACUUUGACCCAGACCCAGACCCAGACCCAGCAGCUUCAGGACACGAAGGCGGCACCAUGCAGGCUUUAACGAAGCUCAGACACGAGGUGUCCGCUCUCUCCCAUCAGGUCGCCGCUGUCAAUCAGGAGCUGCAGGAAAUGACCCGCCUCCUCCGGCCCCUCCUCCUCCACCACCCCUCCAUCUUUCUGACCCCCUGCACUGUGACUCCACCCCCCAGCUUGUCCCCACAUAGCUGCUCCCCAGCCCCGCCCCUCCCGACCCCUCAUGCACCUGUGGGCCACCCUGACCAGCUGACCCCGCCCUCCCUCCCCGACCCGCUCUCCCCUCUGGGCGAGGUCUUUCAGGGGGAGUUUGGCUCCCUGCAGGGCUCCCGGGCUGGAAGCCCCCCCCCUAUCUCCUAUCAGAGACCUCCCCUCAGUCACAGAUCAGCCCCCCCCUCUGUCAGCAGCUCCCCCCCUCAUCACAUAGCCCCACCUCUUUCUUGCUCCCCCCUCCCUCCUACCCCAUCCAUAAGCUCCACCCUGAAGGACUCAUCAGGCCUGGGGGGAGCAAACCCCCAGCCCCCCCUCCAGCCUGGGUUCAUCUCUUACCCCCCCGCGUUCCCACAGACGUCUGUCCGAACGGACCUGGACCCCCCCCACAUGCCCCUCCUGGACCUGCAGCCAGUGGAGUGGGGGGGGCAUGUCAGCUACAUUAAUGAGGGCCAGCCAUCAGUGUGAGGGUGGACCCCCCCCCCCUCAGUGACUGCAUGGAGGACCCCCCCACAGAGGAGGAGGAGCCUUUAAAAAAUUUGUUUCUAACAUUUUUGUGUCUGAAAAUA